UGAAUAAUAUACACCAAAUUUCUUGUAUAAAACCUAAACAACUUCAGAUAACAUUCCUCAGUCAUUGCUAUUAACUUCAAACAAGAUGAAAAUAAUUAUUAGUGCCUGUUUUUUCGUAGCUGUAGCUGCACAAGAACUAAGACCUAAACCUUGCGGAACCAAUGAAUUAUAUUCAAAUUGCGGUGCCAAUGGAUGUCAAUCAACAUGUGCAAAUCCAACGCUUAAUCUAGUCUGUAAAGGAACAUGCAUUGCUGGAUGUAUCUGCAAAGAAGGCUACCUUCGUGACUCAAAUGGAAAAUGUAUUUUAGCCAAAGACUGUCCUAUCAUUUGUAAAGGACUCGAAAUAUUCUCUGACUGCGCUCCAAAUGCUUGUAAAAAAACAUGCGAUACAUUGAAUACAGCAUGUAGAGCUCCAUGUGUUCCUGGAUGUAAAUGCCCAAAUAAUUUCGUCUACAGUGAUAAAACUAAAACUAAAUGUAUUCCCAUCAAAGCAUGUCCACAAAGUAAAUGCAAAAAGUUUGAAAUUUUCUCGGAUUGUGCUCCACUAGCUUGUCAAAAAACCUGUGACACUUUAAACACUGCAUGUAGAGCACCUUGUGUUCCAGGCUGCAAAUGUCCUGAAGGUCUCGUUUAUAAAGAUGAUAACAAGGACGCAUGCAUCAUCCCUGAAGAGUGUCCACAAAUUAUUUAAUUUUUUACAUUUUGAAAUUUUAAAUUUUCAUUUGAGUGUUUGAAACUUUUAUAAAUUUUUUAUUUGUAAAUUUAUAAAACAGUUCAAAAAUUAAAUAAACAACUUGGAUUUAAUCU